UAGGGAGGGCUGCAGCCGCUACUUAAUUGGUGUGCCGUUGAGCUUUUGCUUCUUUCCCUUCAUCAUCAUUAUCAUCCGUGUGAGGAAGGGGCUCCGAAGCCCUUCUGCUUUUGUUAACUAGUCCAGCUUUUUUCACUCUGGAGGUGACGGAGGAGCUUAGCUCUCGCGUCGACAGUACCGCGGUGGUGGUGCUGGCGCCGCCGGGCCACAUGGACAUGGAGCACUUUGACGACCGAGCUCAGCGUCAAGGAGACCGGGCCGGGUCGGCGUCCGGAGCCGCUGGGGCCACGGGGGCCGGGGCGCGCGUCAAUGGCGUGCAGAGCCCGGCGCACAGCGCACAGUGGAGCCUGUUCCGCGCGCCGCGCAGCCUGAAGGACUUGAGCGCCGAGAAACGUGCCAAGAAGGUCCGCUUCUACCGCAACGGCGACCGCUUCUUCCACGGCAUCGUGUACGCGGUGUCCACCGACCGAUUCCGCACCUUCGACGCUCUGCUGGCCGACCUGACGCGCGCGCUCUGCGACAACGUCAACCUGCCGCAGGGCGUGCGCAACAUCUACACGUUGGACGGCUCCGGACGCGUCGGAAGCAUCGAUCAGCUUGUUGAAGGCGAAAGCUACGUGUGCAGCUCCGUGGAAUCUUACAAAAAGGUGGACUACAGCAAAAACGUCAACCCCAACUGGUCGGUGAACGUCAAAGCGUCAGGCACCGGCUCGGCCCGCGGGCCGCCAUCGCUAGCUAGCGGUGUGCCGCCCGAGAGCCGCGACAACAAGGACUUUGUUCGGCCCAAGCUGGUGACAGUAGUCCGCAGCGGCAUGAAGCCCCGCAAGGCCGUGCGAGUUCUGCUGAACAAGAAGACAGCGCACUCCUACGAGCAGGUGCUGACCGUCAUCACCGAUGCCAUCAAGCUGGACUCGGGAGUUGUUAAAAAGAUCUACACGCUGGAGGGGAAACUGGUGACGUGUCUGCAGGACUUUUUCGGCGACGAGGACGUGUUUGUUGCAUGUGGACCGGAAAAGCUGAGGAACCAAGAUGACCUGAUGCUGGAUGAGACUGAGUGUCGCAUAAUGCGGCCAAUGAACUACGGCAAGAUGUCCUCCAUCCGGGGUUUCUCCCAUGGCUUUCAACCUAACGCGACGCAGCAAGUUGCCCCCGUCAAUGAACGGGACGCCCGCCAGUCAGCUGUCCCCGCCACAGACGGCGAAGUCUCCCUGCCCCUCCCCGACCAGCCCAGCCAGCUUCAACCAACGACGCCGGUUGUCCUCCACUGUGGAAGCUCAGAGGAAGCAGUACUCCGUGCAGCCACACGGGGCAACAGAGAGCAUACUGAGGACUCUCAAGGCUCUUCUUCGUCACAGUCUUCCACUCAAGCGUCCAGCCCGGUAAACAGCGAUGGAGCCGUGACCGACGAGGAAGUGGUUGCAGACGAGGUUCCUGCCGUGCCUUCCUACAUUUCGGAACGCUACACGGUGGGCCGCAUGCUGGGCGACGGCAAUUUUGCAGUGGUCCAUGAGUGCACGGAACAUUCGACCGGACGCCAUUACGCACUGAAGAUUAUCAACAAGGGCAAAUGCAGAGGCAAGGAGCACAUGAUCCAAAACGAAGUGGCCAUCCUGCGGCGAGUCAAGCAUCCUAACAUCGUCCUGCUCAUUGAGGAGGUGGACACGUACGGAGAGCUCUACAUGGUCAUGGAGCUGGUCAAGGGGGGAGACCUGUUCGACGCCAUCACCUCGGCCAACCGCUAUACGGAGAAGGACGCCAGUGGCAUGCUCUACAACUUGGCCAACGCUAUCAAAUACCUCCACAGCCUCAACAUUGUGCACCGGGACAUUAAGCCGGAAAACCUUCUGGUAUAUGAGCACGCAGACGGCAGCAAGAGCCUCAAACUGGGGGACUUCGGUUUGGCCACGGUGGUGGAUGGACCUCUUUACACUGUAUGCGGCACCCCCACAUAUGUAGCACCGGAAAUUAUUGCAGAAACCGGGUAUGGCCUGAAAGUGGACAUCUGGGCAGCCGGUGUGAUCACUUACAUCCUACUGUGUGGUUUCCCUCCUUUCCGAGGGAGCUGUGAAGAUCAGGAGGUUCUCUUUGACCAAAUUCUGAUAGGCCAGGUAGAAUUUCCUCUGCCGUACUGGGACAACGUGUCAGAUACAGCCAAAGUGCUGAUCCGAUCAAUGCUGGAGGUAGAGGUGGACCAGAGGUUCACGGCCCUGCAGGUUCUGGAGCAUCCGUGGGUCACAGAUGAAUGUCUUGGUGAGAACGAUCACCAGCUAUCAGUAGCAGGAAAGAUCAAGAAGCACUUCAACACCGCGCCAAAGGACAGUGAAAACACUGAGGCGCUCAUUCCUUUGGACGGAAGCUUUUCUAUGCAGAGAUCCGGUUCGUUAGACCUCAACCAGCACCCGGCUAUGUAUUGGAUAAGGCCUCCUCUGUUGAUAAGGAGAGGUCGCUUCUCUGAUGAAGACGCUACCCGGAUGUGAUGCCUUUGCAAACUUGCGUCCAAACCCUCCCUGAAAUGUCCCACCCAAAUGCCAGCCUCCCAUGUGACUCUGAUGACAUCUCCAUCAUCUCUGAAGAGUGUGGGAAUAUCUUCGCGGAGUUCCCAAAGAGGGAAAACUGUUACGCAGAAAAAAAAACAAAAAAACCUGGGAGAAUUCUUGGACAUCUUUCCAAGAGGAGAAGACUUUUUUCUUUUUUUUUUAGCUAAUUCAUUAAUCCGAGUUGUUACAUCUCUCAUUCCCCUUCUGUGAUGGAACCUCCUUGGCAAUAUGGACCAAUGAACUUCAUUUUUUUUAAAUGUCGUUUGAUCGGUGGAAGAAAGUAGGUGUUUUUUGCCGUAGGCCCAUGUAGACUUUGACAAAAAAAUGCGACUUAGGCACUUUUUAUUACAAAACAUGUUGGAAAACGGAACAAAGACGUAUCGGUGUUGCCAAUGUUGCAUUAUGAAGCUUACAGACUGUGGAAUUGGUCGACAUUCAUGCGUUUGAGUGCUAUUUCGUUCACUGCUGGUGUGUAGCAAACAUGUUUACAUGACCCCUCCACCUCCGCCACCACAGUAUAGGCCUCGCUGAUGUCAAACACUUGCAGAACCAGCAGCACUCAAGUGGAUUUACUUGCCACCUGGAAAGACCUCAUUCAUCUUCAGCUUUGAUUUGUUCAGCAUAAGACACACAGUAGCACUAAUAUGGCCGCCAAUUGGCAGACCUGUGUCUUUUUUCUAAUUAUAACUCAUUGGCUGCCAUUGACAGCGACAGACAUCCAAAACACUUUGGUUGCGUAUUGCUGCCAGUGACACUGAAACAUGAUCAUUCACUCCUAGUCCUCCCAUUUCAAAGGAAUUUACAUCCAUUGCCGUCUACGGCUUUCCGUAACGUGUCGACCGUAUUGACUUCGAUCAAUACCAACUAAUGGAUAAACAGCUACAAAAGCGACAAGAGCUCACAAAAGUGCUGUGACACCUGCACUACACCAUUACGCCUGUUGCAAUACCAAUACAUGUACGUACCUCUCUUUGACAGUGCUCUAUCAAUAAGAACAUGCUAUAAACAGUUAUUAAAAUGCUUAAAAACAAAUGUCCCGGUCUAGUGGAAGUUCAUUUUUGCUAGAGAAAAUAUUAUGUAAUGAUUUUUACUUUAUAGCUCUGAUGAUCUUUUUUCUCUAACAUGUUCCUGGUCGGUGGCAUGGUGUCUGAGUGUUUAGAACAUCCGCCUCACAAUUCUGAGAUUGCUGUUUCAAUCCCAGCUGCGGCCUCCGUGUGUGGAGUUUGUAUGUUCUCCCUGUUCCUACGUGGGCUUUCUCCAACUUCCCAAAACAAGCAUGGCAGGCUGAUUGAACACUUCAAAAUGUCCGUACGUGUGAGCAGGGGUGAAAAUGGCUAGAAUUUCUUGCCGGAACUCCCCGACGUGAAGGUCGCCACUG